AACAUUCCUCUCCUUUCCCCUCUCACCCUCUCCCCCUCCUAAACCCCCACUAUCUCUCCAAGCUCCACGGCACGGAUGGGCGCCGCCGUGGCCGUUCUGCGGAGAACGGCGGCGGGCGAGGAGGCGGCGGAGGAGGAGGAGCAGUGCCGCAUCUGCCGGGACCCCGCCGACGCGGACCGCCCGCUGCGCCGCCCCUGCGGCUGCAAGGGCAGCAUGCGCUUCGUCCAUGACCACUGCCAGAUCCGGUGGCUCAAAUCCCGCCGCCAAUCCUUGUGCGAGGUGUGCAGGCGCCAGAUCUUCACCCGCCCCAUCUACGCCGCGGGCACCCCGGCCCCUGCCCCGGCUCCGGCGAGGCCCGUGUGCCUGCUCUUAGCGCUGCUCUACCUCAUCCUGACAGCCCUGGUCGCUUGGGCGCUCGCGGGCCUCUGUACAUGGCGCCUCGCGCUCGCCAGGAGCCGUGACGAGGCCCUGCGUCUGCUCUCCAUCCGCCUCUAUGGCCCCGCCGCCCUUGCUCACCUCGCGCUCAAGGCAGAACACACGUUUCGUGCAAACUACGGGGCACGUCUGCGCCGCUGCCAGUUCGCCACGCUGCGCCUCCUUCGGUUUUCCUUGUCGGUGGUAAUGGGUGACAUGGCUCUAGCCUGUAUAUUAGCAUUUCUCCCUUUCACACUUGGAAGGAUUGCUCUAUUGUGCAGAGCUGAAGUUGACUCAUAUGCUUCAACACCUUCUACCCUCCUAUUUGGAUAUGGAUUUAUCUUCUCACUGGGAGCAACUUUUGCUGGGCUGCAUACUUUUCAUCAAUACUUGAGGAGCGAGGACAUUUUCUUCGAGAGUCUGUUUGAUAUAUUCUUCAGCGGGAUCAUAAAGUUUAUCAUUGUUGUGAAUAUUUCUCUUAACCUCAUAAACACAGCUAUAAUAUGGCCACUGUUGUUUGCCUGGUCACUUGAUAUCUGCACUUCAAAAAUGUUUGAUGCAACCAUCUUUGAAAGGUUUAAACCUCUGUUUGCUUCGAUUUACGUUUCUACUGCUCUUCAAUGGCUUAUUGGAUGCGCACUUUUGGAUCUAGUCUCCAUAUUCUCUGGACUUCAUUCCAUGAUUUUGAGGCCAGGAGUUACAUCUCCUUUUGUCGACCAUAAUGUAAACAUCCGUGAUCCGUUCUACAAAUUUUAUUUCAAGAAGCUUCCUGGUCUUUUUAUUGGCAUCAUCCUUAUUGCUAUGGUCAUUGUUGUUCCUAUUCAAAUUGCCGGUCGAUUGUCAACCGGGAAGUUCCUAGUAGAUAUCAUCUACUUCAAUAUUCCUACAAAGGGCACAUCAUUUUGGUCAGCACCACAGAACUACACAGAUUCGCUUUGUGGUGUUCUUCUAGUGAGGUUUCUCAUUGGCCAUACGCAUGCACUCAUAGGCUUUGAGUGGAUAGUGAAGAAGGUGAUGCAUUAUACAUUUCCCACUGGACAGACUCUUGGCCUGUCAGUUUCGGUGACUGUCUGGCCCAAUGGAGCUUUUGAUCAUGACGGUGGGAGCAGUGUCGCACCAAAAGACAAAUAUGGUAGCACUAAUGAGGCUAAGGAUAAAAGACGCAGAGGUGUUCUCAAUACUUACCCUUGCACAAGGAGAUUGGUCUCACUUCGCAUAAUCCUGCAUGUGAUGCUUGGGUGUUUGACUGUUAUGAUAUGCAAUUCAGCUGUGCUUAUUUUGACAAUCUCAGUGGGGCGUGCACUGUUAUUUACCAUCCCUCAGCUGCCACUUACAGGUGGAUUCAAGUCCAAUAAUGAUCUACUUGCUUUGGUUGUCGGUUUUGGCAUCAUAUCAACUAUUAUUGCCACCUCAAGAGACUUAUUUGCCUACAUGAGUUCUGGGAGAAAGCACCUUGUAGCUUUGAAUCGUUGUCUUAUUGUGUUCUUAUGGUUUGCCAUCAUUCCCUUCCUGAUCGGGCUGCUGGUUGAUUUAUCGCUAAUAUCGCCAUUCACUGGGCCUGAUGAUGGUGUUCCAGUUCUAGACUUGUUCUAUACUUGGUUCCUGGGGUGGCUAUUGCUGAAAAUCUGGGUAAAAUGGGUUCAUUGGCCAUUAUCACCAUUCCUGGCCUAUCUAACCGACGAAUCACGGGUCCCGAGGCUUACUCGGGCGAAGCUGGAUUGGCCUCGAGGGGCGAUGAUGCCUCUGCCGUGCUUCUUCCGAGAUAUUUUCGUGCCAGUCGCGACGAAACUGCUCGCCGCUCUGGGUGUUCCCUAUGUGCUCGCCGGGAGCGUCUUUCCGAGUCUCGGUUGCUCCGCCGCCGUGAACUCGACGGUGCGCCGCUCGGCGUGGCUGGGCUGCAUCGGCCUCUGCGCGCUCUGCCAUCUCGCCAAGCUGUUCUGGGUCUUGAAACCGCUCGACUGUCGCGCCAAGCUGUUCUGGUUCUUCAGUGCGCUCUGCUCUCGCGCCAAGCUGUUCUGGAUCUUCUGCUUCGAAGAACUCCAUGAUUCUGUCAGGGAUGAGCGUGUUGUCAUCGGGCAGAGGUUGGAAGACUUCCCCGACGACGGCUGAAGACCAGGAACUCUGCUUCCAGUAGUUUGUAGGAACACGUACGUAUAUGGUACAGUUAUAUAUAUAGCACGCAUACGAUAGGAAUAUAGAGUAUAUGCCACGUUAUUGACAUAAGGGUUCAAAUGAGAUGAUAUAAAUAUCCGGUGAAACUUGUAAAUGUGGACGCGGUUUCCCAUGCGGGCUGUAUCGACCGGUCAGUUCGAUAGUGUCGCCACUGGGCUGAUGUUUGUAAAUUUCAUGGUUUCACCCCUUUUUAAAGCCAAUCGCUGAUUCUAUAGGGUCAGGAGAAAUGAAAUGGUGUUGGUUGCCUUGAA